CCCACCCAACACAGUCUCUCUCUCUUUCUCUCUCCUCACACUCUCUCUCUCUCCCCUCAGCAGGCUCCAAGUCCAAAAGGGCACUACACAUUGGCUUUUUUUGCCUUUUGCUUCUGUGCUUCCUAUGCAAUUGUCUAUGUCUGCUGCUACUGCUCCCUCAUCUCAGAACUGCAAAUGGGGGAGGAAUCAUACUUCGAAUUUCUUGUUAUUAUUUGACACCCUCUCCUUCCUUCUCAUCGUUUAGCCUUCCCUUCAAUUCUCUCCUUCUGUGUGUCAUCACUUUACUCUUGUUCUGUACUAAAUUUAUGUAAUCCCUUCCCAUGAUUUGACUUCAUUUCCCAAUAUUCCAUUACUCUCGAUAUCCCAACUUCGAUUUUAUUUUUUCUUUUGCUUUUCUUGGUUUGGUUUGGUUGUGCUACACUGCAACAACUGUAUUGGGUUUUUUUUUUUUGUUUUCAUGGAAAUUGAUCUGAACCAUGCAGUAUUGAGUGAGGUGGAGAAGAAUAACAAUGCAUUCUGUAAUGGGGACUGUGACAAGAGUGGUGGUGGUGGUUGUGUUUGUUGCUGUUUGUCCUCCACAACUUCCUCAUGCUCUUCAACCUCCUCCUCAUCCCCUGCUUCUUCCUCUAUUUACAUGGAGCUUUGGCAUGCUUGUGCUGGCCCUCUUACUACCCUGCCCAAGAAAGGGAAUGUGGUUGUCUACUUCCCACAAGGUCACUUGGAACAGACUGCCUCUUCCUCCUCUCCUUUUUCAACCCUAGAAGUCCCCACUUUUGAUCUUCAGCCACAGAUCUUCUGCAGGGUUGUCAAUGUUCAAUUGCUUGCUAACAAGGAGAAUGAUGAGGUCUACACAAAGCUGACUUUGCUCCCUCUACCAGAGUUGGAUGGUAUAAAUUUAGAGAGAAAAGAGCAUGAAGAGCUGGGGGUGGAUGAGGAUGGGGGUGGAAUUACACCCACAAAAUCAACCCCUCACAUGUUCUGCAAAACCCUCACUGCAUCUGAUACUAGCACCCACGGUGGAUUCUCUGUUCCUCGAAGAGCUGCGGAAGACUGUUUCCCACCUCUGGACUAUAAACAGCAAAGGCCCUCUCAGGAGUUAGUUGCGAAGGACCUGCAUGGAGUGGAAUGGAGGUUUCGACAUAUUUAUAGAGGUCAACCAAGGCGACAUUUGCUUACUACAGGAUGGAGUAUUUUUGUAAGCCAGAAGAAUCUUGUUUCAGGGGAUGCAGUUCUCUUUUUGAGGGGUGAAGGUGGGGAGCUGAGAUUGGGAAUUAGAAGAGCUGCUCGACCUAAAAAUGGUCUUCCCACUUCAAUUGUUGGCCACCAGAAUCUCAACGUUCUUUCUCUAGUGGCAAAUGCUGUAUCCACCAAUAGCAUAUUUCAUGUUUUCUACAGCCCAAGGGCCAGUCAUGCAGAGUUUGUUGUACCUUACCAAAAAUAUGUAAGAAGCAUCACCAAUCCGAUUUGCAUUGGGACAAGAUUCAAAAUCUCAUUUGACAUGGAUGAUUCGCCUGAAAGAAGGUGCAGUGGCGUGGUGACUGGAAUGGGUGAUUCGGAUCCAUUUAAAUGGACUAACUCUAAAUGGAGAUGCUUGAUGGUCAGAUGGGAUGACGAUAUUGUAAGUGAUCUUCAAGAACGAGUUUCUCCAUGGGAGGUUGAUCUUUCUGUUUCUCUCCCACCCUUGAGUAUCCAGUCUUCCACAAGGCUGAAGAAACUGCGGACAAGUCCGCAGGGAACCCCAACCGACAACCCUGUUAAUGGAGGGAGUGGGUUUUUGGACUUUGAGGAGUCUUUAAGAUCCUCUAAGGUCUUGCAAGGUCAAGAAAAUGUAGGUUUUGUAUCACCUCUUUUUGGAUGUGAUAAAGUGAACCGCCCUCUAGAUUUUGAGAUGCAAACUUCAGCACAUCAAAAUUUUGCAUCAACUGGAGCAGAAAAGGCAAACUUUAGCGAGUUUAUGAGGGCUCAGCCCACUGCUUACUCAGGCUUUCCGGAAUCCAAUAGGUUUCCGAAGGUCUUGCAAGGUCAAGAAAUAUGCUCUUUGAGAUCAUUGGCAGGAAAAGUUGAUUUCAACCUUGGUGCUUGGAGAAAACAAGAUAUUGGUUGCAACUUUUUCAACAUGUAUCAAAGGCCCAAACCAAAUUUCUAUCCCUUAGCUUCGGAAGGUGUUAGAAACAUGUAUUUUCCUUAUAGUGACAUCUACAAGGCUGGCCAAGAUCCCUCAAUGCUCUCUUAUGUCACUAACUUCCCAAGAGAAAAUGUUCCAUUCAUCCCGUCUUCUAUCCGGAGUGGGGUUCUUAGGGAUGAAGUUAGAAAGCCUAAUCUGCCGAGUGAACAGACAUCACAGGAGAAGAUAUCUGCUGCUCCUACUGUGGUGGCAAAUUUCAAAAAUGAGGAUGACUCUUCAAAUGGCAGCUUGACUGGCUGCAAACUGUUUGGGAUUUCCUUGACCGGAGAAACCUUUACUCCAAACCCUCAAAGUUCUGGCAAGAGGAGUUGUACAAAGGUCCACAAGCAAGGCAGCUUGGUGGGAAGAGCCGUUGAUCUCUCAAGACUGAAUGGUUACAAUGACCUGGUAAUUGAACUAGAGCAGCUAUUUAGCAUGGAAGGCCUCUUACGAGAUCCGGAGAAAGGAUGGCGAAUCUUGUACACCGACAGUGAAAAUGACAUGAUGGUUGUUGGGGAUGAUCCAUGGCACGAGUUCUGUAACGUGGUGUCCAAGAUCCACAUAUAUACCAAAGAAGAAGUAGAGAAGCUGUCACUAGGAAUGAUCAGCGACGACACUCAAAGUUGCUUGGAAGAGCCACCAGCUACAAUGGAUGUGUCGAAGUUUUCAUCAGUGGGCCAGUCAGAUACUUCUCCAUCGGUUAUUAGGAUUUGACGUCCAGGCUUGUUUCGAGUAUUAUGCUUGUGUGUUAGUAUGUGCAAACCUAGUUACUUUUCUUCUCUGGAAUUCCCAGUCUAGUAUUUGCACUCGGUAGAGUGUAUUGACGACUAAGUUGGAAGAUACUAUUUUCAAACUUGAGUCUGUCUUCUUAACAAUGGUAUGUAAUAAUGUUACUGGUAAUGUGGAAUAUGUGUGCAUGUGUGAGUGCAAAAUAUGACCAAGCACUUGUGUAGAUGUUAUACUUUAGGCUCGUUGUUGAGAAAAUGGAAGCACUUAUUAGCCCUUCCAGUAACAUAGGGUAGCACAUCAUCAUGAGGACUGCACAAGAAAUUUAUUACUGCAAGAACCUGUUCAUUUUGUUGAGAACUGCACAAGAAAUAUAUUACUGCAAGAACCCUAAUUUUUUUGUGAAA